UGAGGGCGCGGCGGCGGGCGGCGGCGGGGGGAUGUGACGUCACUUCCGUCGCGCUGCGGGUGACGUCAGGGAGGCGAUGGCGGCGCCGCGGGUGUCGCUGGGGCCGCUGAAGGAGCCGCUGGGGCUGAACCGGGCCCUGCAGUGGUUUUUCUCCAUCUUCGCUUUCUCCACCUGCGGCGGCUUCGAGGGCUCCGUCACCUUCAGCAUCACCUGCGGGGAACACCUGGGACAGGUGACACAGGAACACCUGGGACAGGUGACACAGGAACACCUGGGACAGGUGAACCAAACAGCGAUGAUGAUGAUGAUGAUGACGACGACCGUCAGCGCCAAAUUUGGGUAUCCCUUCAGGUUGAACCAGGCCGUGUUCCUCCCGUCUCUGACUCACCUGUGCAACCACACCUGGCCCCAGGACGUUCACCUGAUCGGGGACUUCUCCUCGGCCGCCAGGUUCUUCGUGGGCGUGGCCGUGGUGGCCUUUCUCUACAGCCUGCUGGCCCUGGGGGGUUACCUGGGCUACCUGCACCUGUACAGGUGUGCGGGGUCACGCCUGCCCAGCCUGGUGAGUGAUGCUGGGGUGGGGUUUACCUGUACAGGUGUGUCCAGGUGUGUCCAGGUGUGUCCAGGUGUGCUCAGGUGUCUCCAGGUGUCUCCAGGUGUCUCCAGGUGUGUCCAGGUGGGGUCUGAGAGCUUGGACAGGUGGGAUUUACCUGUCCAGGUGUGUCCAGGUGUGUCCAGGUGGGAUCUGAGAGCUUGGACAGGUGUGACCAGGUGUGCCCAGGUGUCUCCAGGUGUGUCCAGGUGGGGUCUGAGAGCUUGUCCAGGUGGGAUUUACCUGUCCAGGUGUGUCCAGGUGUGUCCAGGUGGGAUUUGAGGGCUUGGACAGGUG